GGCUGAUAAAAUGCUGUAGGCCUUGACUCUUCCUGAUGGCUUACAAACCACCUUAAGGAAAAUCAUGAAAAGGGGGGUGAAGGAUAAAGUAACUGGUAAGGUGUGGUAGGCUGGGCAAUCUGCUCCUUGACCCAUGGUAAGCAUGCACAAUUUAAAAAGUUAUAAACUUUUCCUUUCCUUAAAAAUAAAAAAUCAAACUUCUAAACUGUCCAGCACAAAAGUCUCGGCCUAUUUGCCUGUAAUUUGAAAGACUUUAGUUAACCACCAUGAAAGGUUUAGUUCACCUGUAAAUUCCACCCACUUCUUUAAUAAGGGGGGGGGAAUAUAGUAGCUUUUUAUUUCUUAGAAGUGACUGGGAAAGAAACUAAUUUGGUUAGACCUCAGGGUGAAUUAGCUACCCUGCAACAUGCAGCAGACUUCCAUACCCAUAAAGCAUAUGUUUGAGCACAUGAAACGGGGCACACCCACAACUUGUACUCAUAGGAGCCAACUCCUAGGGGCUGAGAUCCCUUCGACACCCCCCCCCCAAUAAAAUAUUUGAGGGAGCCGGGAGGGCAAAAUUGCCAUUCAAAUGAUGUGUGUUCCACGUUUUGGGAUCGAUUAUGUGGGGCAGGGCUUACCUGCCCCCACCCCAUAUUUUAUUCAAGUUGGCACCCUUGCCCAUUCUGCAUGUCUGGCUGGGUGAGUGUGUAAACUAAGUUCUCUGUUCUGGUGAUCAGUGAUUUCAAAUCUAUGCAAUACUAUAAUAAAAGUGAAUGUUUACUAUGAUUAUUUUUUUCCGUCUUCCUUUUCUCAUGCAAGAUAUUCACGUCAGUUUAGAAACUUACAAUUAUCAUGUAACAUAAUUAUAAAACAUUGGAAAGGGUCCUUAUUCAUUCUAAAAUAUUGAUAGGCUGCUUUUCUUUAAAAGCAAUGUUGAAGUUGUUGCUGUUGUUUGUUUUUAUACACAUUGUUUUUAAUAAAAGCAGCAGGAACAAUAAAUAAUUAAGAUCUAAUGAAAUUGUACAUCAUAAGCAGAAAACAAUAGCAUUAAAAUUUUUAAAUGACAACAGUAAAAUAAUAAAAUUAUAUACAGAAAGCUGUUGUACACUGGGUGAGACUCCUUGGGUCUUGGGCAGUCUUUCUCAUCAUUAUGAUCUGAUUAUUUAACAAAUUCAGAGAUUGAACCUUGGAUCUUCAGCUUGCAAAGUAUAUGCUUUUCCAUUGAGCUAUAGUUCUUCCCAGAAACUGCUUUAGGACAUUAAAAUCACUAUAGCACAAACGUAUGGGAGACAUGCUGAAGGAUUAUGAGUGAAGGAAUUCAUGUAUCACUUGUUUUAAAUUUGUAGGAUCUCCUUAACUUUACUAGUAUGUAUGAUUAUUUGAAUUUUUAAAAAAUAGUUAGAUAGCAAGUAGACAUUUAGAUGAAGUUGGCAUGCAAUUAUUUCAGCCGUUGGCUUAAAAACAGAGCUACAGUACAUUGCAUUAGGAGCACUGUACAAUUCUCAUAGUUAUUACUUGGUAGGUUGCCUCUUGAGUGGCAAAUUAGAACUCAUUCAGCUAGAACUGUUGCAGUGAUGCCUCUUCAGGGUUUGCAGGCCCAAAUACUUGAAGUACAUUACAUACUUUCCCAUAUACUCAUGCUUUCACAUAGUUCAGUAUUAGAACAGCAUGAAAUCAUCUGUUAUGUGUUCACCUCGGUUCCAUCUAACCUUACACAUUAAUCUUCAGCUAUGCUUAGGUUUAAUCAGUACCGCUACAGUUUAGAUUGCAGUCUUAUGCUGCUGCCACAAUAUAGCAGAAAAUGAACAGGUAGCACUUAUACAGAGUCUGAGUCUGCACAAAACUGGUUUCGUUUCUGCUCAAUACGCACUGCACCUGCAGCCAAAAAUAAGGAGGCAAGACACAGAUGCUUGGGAAAACCACACUUUGUUUAGCAUAUCAUAACAUAAAUGUGCAAUGAGAACUGGAACCUGUGUAAAACAUAGGCUAAGGCUUUCCACUUCCUUUUGGCUUGUAGAAUCUGAGCAACCCACAUGUGCUCUGAGCAUAAGCUGUAGAUGUUUCAGCAUGCCACCAGCCAGCCCCUACUUGUCUGAGAGAGACACACCUGAUUCACUAUCCCCAUACAUGCUAAGAAUCUGAGUGUGACGUAUGGACCUCAAAGGGGUUCUUAUCCCACCCCCAGAGUCCCACAGCUCUCAGGAUCCCCCUUUCACCACUACAAUACUUGAUGGCACUCAUCCAUGGUUCUCAUUUUGGUUUAAUUCCCACACAGCCCUGCUUUGGGAAAGGGGGCUAGCCUCAUUUUUAGUCUAUUUCACUUACCAAUCUGAUAAAGCAAGCCUUCAUGCCUUGCUGCGGGUCUCACAGAAAAUAAUAAUAUCAUUACUCAAAUAUGAAGGGUUUACAUUGUCAGCCCUCUUUUUAUUUAUUUUGAACACAGUCUCCUGAUAUGGAGAGUGCCUUGAGGAGUCAUGAAUUUGUGUUCAGGAUCCCAUCUUGCUCUUAGUAAAGAUCUUGCAGUUAGGACGCUAUAAUCUCCCAUAGUCACUCAUCACGCCAACAGAUUCAGUGACAAAUCACAAAUUUGGUUCCAUGGUAUGCUUGCAUCUAGGAUGGUGAACCUUAGGUCCCUGGGCUAAAUGCGGCAUGACAGGACUCUCAGCCCAGUACCCAGCAUUCCCUACAGACUACAACCCAACCCCACCUUCCCCAGGCCAUACCCUCCUCAGGGUUGGGAAAUUGAAUCCAGCUGGUGGGGGAGCAGUCCUUUUUCUCCCCCAUCCGCAAGACAAUUUAGACAGUUUUAUGCACUUGUUAGACAUUUAAUUCAUUCAAAACAAGUCAUUUUUAAAUCUUUCUACACCAAGUUCAGCAUGGACUAUCCUAUAACUUACCUCUCCCGCACUGCCAUCUUUCAAAGCAGCCUACUGAACCAUUUUCUAACUAUAAGCUAUAGAACCCACUGUGGUCCUAUAAUAAGAUUAAUCAGUAUGUUGUGGAAUAAACUGAAAUAAAAGUAGAAAUCAUGAAACAGAAAAAGGCUUCUGUGCCUUUGUAGAACAUAUGAUAAAGCAUAUCAGAAAGAUGAACAAUUCCACGUUUGGUUGUUUUAUUUGGAUUUUAGCUGAAGAUCUAAGACUUGAAUCAUGCCGAGCUGAUGCCUCUCUGUUUGCACAAUGGUUAUUCCUACAGAUUUCAAAGGGCUAAAUUGUCAAAAUAGUCCCGUGGAUGUGUGAAAUCUAAUCAUUUUUGUACCGAUUACAGCGCUCUUCUAUUUGAAAUGGAUUUUUGAAUUCCAGGGGUUGGAAUUGCGUCUUUGACUGGCGCUUGAUUGUUUGUAGAUAUUGCAAAUGCCUUUGGAUCUAGGCAAAGCGGUAAUGGCUUCAGGCAGGGUAAUGGCCUUGCAGACGGUUUUCCCAGAGAACUAUAUGUACUGGCCAAUAAGUUUUGGUGUAAAAUAUGCUCUGCUAAAUGGUGUUAUCAGGAGGUGACAGUAAAGCCUAACUCCUCCAAUGAAUAGGUGACAAUUCUGGUACUUUUGUUUGCAUUAGUAAUUUAGUAGCAGAAUGGGACCACCUGGGAGCCAUGAGAAGUCUGCCUUUCACAUUGCUUUUCCCCUGUAAAUGGCUUUCUGAAACAAUUUUUAAACCUUAAUGGAGGGAAACUAUUGUAGAUAUGAUUUCAGGGCUUAAUCUGAGCCAUGGCUUGACAAGGAUCUGUUUGAAUGCCAGUGCUCAGCCCUGGAAUAUAUAAUCAAUGAAUACCCUGGAAUAUCAUGUGACUACUACUGAACAUGUUCAGAGUUCAUUCUUUUCACCAAUGAGCCACCACAAUCAAGCUGCCCUGAGAUAGGCUAAGAUAGGCUUUUCAUGUCAGAGUACAUGUUUCUUAAUUUUAAGAUGCAAUACUUCUCUUUUUAAAGGUUAUAAGUUAGCUACUAUAUUAUUUUAAAGAAUGAAAUUAAGCAAUGCAUCUCAUUUGCACAAGAGCAAUGGUCUUCACAUCCUUCUGGCCACAAAAUAUGACACCCAUAUGUCUUACCUGCAAUGAUUUAACAUGAAUACCCUUACCCUAAGUUUCCAGGAUCUACUGUUUCUACUGAGUGAAAAUAAAUUAGUUUUGAAAGUAAAGCAUUGCAAUGAUGAUAUGGUGUCAUCAUAUUGAAAAUUAUUAUCAGAGCCACCUUCUUAGUUACGGUUUGACCUUCCCAGUUUAACAUUUUCCUCAGUGACUAGCAUUUUCCUCCGUGACUAGGCUGUAUGUUGUGAGCACAAGCUGUUUUAUUUCUUGCCCUCCUGUAAUUUAUUAAUGAAACUGGCAAAUGCUCUCUUGAGGCUUCAAGUAUGCUGAUACUACUCUGGGACUCACAUUGCCUAUUGAUGUGCCGGCUUGCUUGCUACCUGCUCAAGCUGUACAUUUGUGAACAGGUAUUGAUUACCAUUGCACUGCACUUUUGCGAAGGAAACUGGGCCUGUCUAGUUUGCCCAAAACUUCCCACCACCGCUCAAGAGAAAGUGGGAGUAUGAAACAAUCGACUAAGCAUGUUUACUAAGGAGUAUGACCUAUUAAGGUCAAUGGGCCUUCCUUCCCAAUAAGUGGUUUUAGAACUGCAGCCUAAAUGUCAGUUCUGCAAAGUGCAAUGGAAACUUUCAUGAAGAAAAGUAUGCACUUUAUUUUCAACAUUUUCCUUUGGUAUUUUAUAGGGGCAGCCCAAAUGCAAAAGGUGUCACAAAUACAGAGGGAAUUAAAAGGGCAAUUACCCAUUCUCAACUACAUUUCCAGUUGUUGGAUAGAUGCUUAGCAAUCCAUCUUCCAAGCCUUCAAUUAUCACUGGGUCAAGUCAGAUUCAGUAUUUCCCUGUUUCCAGGUACAUAGUCCCAGAACAAUCCCAACUACUUAACUCUGGUAUCACUUUGCUGCUCCUCACAGUCCUCUGAUACAGAUGGUGCCAAUCCCCCCUGCCUGAUUUUCUCAUUGCAGGGAAUGAAGUGAGCACUGGGAAAAACAUGGCUAAAUUAGUAAGUUGCUUUGGGGAUGUGCGACUAUUGGCUUGAGAAAAUAAAUAAUUCAAAGAGAAAGUAUAUUUUCAACCACUUCAAUUUCAGGUAAGUAGCAUCCAUCUAGAUAUUAUUAUAGUUGCAACUAAAAAACCCGAGCAUUUUCUAUGGUUCAUUAAUUCUGUUUCACCCCCUGCAUAUUUGAGAUACACUCUAUUGCGCAGACUGUGAUAAUCACCAAGCAAAUUCAUUUCAACCAGCAGUUUUCGAGAAGACUGUGAUCAGUAACUUGGAUGUCAUUCAGAAAACCUGCCUAAAGUGUAAUUGUAAAUUUCCCAGUUUGUAUGUCUAAAUUAUCUGCCAAUUAAUUAUCAAAAUAAUUGCUGGAGCAUUAAGAUUUUCGCUCUUGGCUUAACUGUAUUAAAUCUUCCUAAAUAACUUCUGCACGUCCCCACUCUAUCAGAAAGGUCAUUAUAGUCACUUCAGCUUGCAAAAAAACUAUACUGUUUGUCUGCUUUCAGAUGUCACAGUAAACCAUGGUUUAUCAUGAUCGGAAGAAGCCUAGGCAAGCCUUGGGAUCCUGGAUUCCCCCCCCCCCUUAGUGCAGUUUUGCUUCUCAUUUUCUUUUAAUUAGCUGUGACUUCUUAUAAUUAGCUGUAUUAUCCAAACCUCCCUGAUUAAUUGUGAUUAAUCUUUUUUAUUGUGUAUUUUUUUUUAUUAAAAAAAAACUUCAAACUUCAUGUGGGUUAUGAAGAUGACUUGUUUGAACUAACCAUGAUUUCGAGUUUGAGCAUAAUGUUACAGUGGUUGAAACUGAAAAAGAAAGGUUCCUGUCUCCUUGCAGUCACAAUGGAGGAGGAGAGAGAAGAAGGGAGAAUACAGUGCCAGAAGUCAUUCAACCUCAUCCUUUUCAUGACAUUCCCGGUUUAACCUGACAUCUGAAUUAAGCCAAUAUGCCAUAUUGUCAACUGAUUUAUUCAUAAUCCAGUUAAUCACCAAAAAUCCUGGAUGCACUAGUGUAACUUUAAUGAAAGUACUUUACUAGGGUGGUGAAACCUCAGCUUAUAAAGGAAUAUUCAAGACUGAGUUGGCUAAUGUAAGGAUUAUGUGCUGUUCUCUUUCAAUUGAAAAUGUAUUAUUAUAGCAAUUAGAGACAUAGGUGGUGCUGUGGUUUAAACCACUGAGCCCUGCGGAGACUUCUGGGUCAGCGCCAUUGGUGAAUGGCGGAGUUCCUCCGACCGGAGGAACGGGCUCCGUGGAAACUGGGUCUUCCCGCCGCGGCGAAGGUGGGGACCCGCUAGAAAUCCCAGGCGGAGGAAGCCUGGGAACGUGGGGUUCGGCAGGGCACCAGAAGCGCCCCCCUACUCGCGGGGAAUCCCAUCUAGGGGCUCCGGAGCGAAGUGGGGUGAGAAGCGCGGUGCUACGAACUGACUGCUACUUUCACGGAGUGAAGCCGCACAGCCAUUGCUAGAGAGCGCUGACUUUUUCCUGUGGACAGUUGGAUUUAAAACAAGUACCCGUGAGUAGAAACGGAAAAUUGGAUCAAGAAAUUGUUUAAUUUGGUAUCGAAGCGGGAAGGUGCAAACAGGAAGUCCGCCUUCCGCUUUUUUGUAUAUAGACUAAAGCAAAAAUUUUGCAAGCUAAAGCCGGGAGCUGUCAAAAAAGACUAAAGUUCCUUCAUUCAGAACUACUGAAACCCCCCUUGGAAGCAGGGGGGGGGACUCUGUUUAAUCCCUGGCAGGAGAGGGAGUGAAGAAGGAUAAGUUUCCACCGUCUCUAACCUGGGAACGGGGUGUCAGAGACAGAAACUGUUGGAGAGGUUCAUUGACUGUGAACGUAAUACUUUGACAGAUAGCUAAUGAAGAGAAACAAGUGGAUUCUAAUGUUGCCUUUUGCAUUUUAAAUAAACAAAAUAUCUGAAAAACAUCUGAAAUAUCUGAAAAAUGAAAGUAACUUUCCUUUGUCUUCAAAAAUAAAUAAAUAAUGGAUACAAAUAGUUUGUCUCCUCUAGAGGGAACUUGCUAAAUUGUUGCUGUAGGAUAUUUGAGACCCAACAUCUGUGAGAUUAAGACUGUGGGAACAGUCUUUUCUGACCUUGAACAAAGAUGAGCUGGGAGGGAGACUGGGUGCUUGCUCUAUGCAAGACAAAUGCUUUGCUGGAACAGAUGCAUGAGAAGAUGGACUUGAUGAAUGAGAAAACGGAUUUGACUGUUGUGGUUGAUAACUGUGGACAAACAGGGAACAUUGAUACAGAAAUCAGUCAGGAACCAACCUAUGAAUUUGUACUGACUGGGCAAGUGCAGAUGACAAUGGAGGAGGAUGCGGCUGCACCUCAAAUAGUACAAAUGGAGAGACCCGAGGCCCUACAGGAGCAUAAGCCGCUGUUAUUGAAGACUGAAAUUGGAGUGGGCCAAGGGGAGUCUGGAGAUGAGGAGAUUCCUAGCUUUGGAGAGAUCUUGAAAUUUGAUUUUAAAUACAUUUUGGAUUAUAUCGAGGACUGUGGGGAGUGGGACUGUGGGGAAUGGGCGAGCUGGAUGAAGGGUGAUGGAGACAAUUUUGGGUUGGAAUCCCCAGAGAACUACUCCUCAAUGAGAAAGGAAAGAAACUAAGACAGAGACCAACAAAAGACAAGGAAAAGGGCAAGCACAAACAAGAUGAAGAAGAAUUGCAGAAGGGACAUGGAAGAGACUUAAGGGCCUCGGACAUAAGGCUUCCAGGUUGAUGGACUAGAUGGAAUGGACAGUAAGGACUGACACGACCCGAGACCAGGAAGAAGAGACGCUGGAUGAUGAUUGAAAGAGAAUUUAUAAUGGAAAUUUUGUAUUUUAGAAUCAGCUUAAUGAAUAUUAGGGAAAAUGUGGGAAUGAAACUAUACGACUCUAGCAGAAAUGUUAUCAGGAGCUAUGUAUAUUUGAAAACUAAGAUUUAAGUCUUAAGGUACAUAGGGGUAAGAUAAGGUUAAAUAAAUUAAGAUAAUUUGAAUAACAGAAUAUGGGGAAAGAUGGAAAGGAUUUGUUGAGUUAAUUAUUAGGUUAAAUUGUUAAGAUAAAUUUUAUAACAAAAAUUGAGAAAGAUGGAAAGAAUUUGCUGAAAUAAUUAUCAAACUAGAAUACAAAAAGGGAGGUGUGAGGAGGUCAAUGAAACAAGCAAAUGGAAAUUAUGGAUAUGCAAUUUGGGAUUUGUGUUUUUUUUCUCCUUUUUUUUCUUCUUCUUUAUUUUCUUUUGCUGUAUUGUCGUAUAUUUUGUGCUUUUCUCUUUUUUAUUUAUUUUUAUUUUUUUGUAUUGUAGUGUUGUUGUUUUUUAUUUUUUAUUUUUCUUGUAAUCCUGAAAUUAUCAAUAAAUAUUAUUUUCUAAAAAAAAUAAACCACUGAGCCCUGCGACAGAGUGAGCUCCCAUUGCUCUGUCCCAGCUUCCACCAACCUAGCAGUUCAAAAGCAUACCAGUGCAAGUACAUAAAUCGGUACCGCUGUGGCAGGAAGGUAAACGGUGUUUCUUUGCGCUCUGGUUUCCGUUACGGUGUUCCAUCGUGCCAGAAGUGGUUUAGUCAUGUUGGCCACAUGACCCGGAAAGCUGUCUGUGGACAAACACCGGCUCCCUCGGCCUGAAAACGAGAUGAGUGCCACACCCAUAGUCGCCUUUGACUGGACUUAACCGUCUGGGGUCCUUUACCUCUUUUAUUAUAGCAAUUGCAUUCACUUUUUCAGUUGCUUACACUUUCUGAGUUAUCAUAAGCAUGAAUUAAUUUCUGAAAUUUGUUGCCCUGAGAUGUGAUAACUAUUACCUUAGAUGGAUUUAAAGGAGAUUAUAGACAAAUUCAUGGAGGACACAACUAUCAGUAGCUGAGGAACUAUGCUGAAGAGAGCCAUUUCCUUUAUACUCCACUUAUGGACAUCCCAGAGGCAACUGGUUGGCUGCUUUGGGGAACAUGAUGCUGGAAAACUGGAUCAUUGACAUAGCAGGUCUGUUUUUAUUUUGCAAAAUAGGAAUGUUGAUGCAUCCAUACAUAGCAAAUGUGCAAAUCAGCAAAACACCAUACACAAAUAAUCUGGAGUCAAUCACAAUAUGAUUACAACUAGUUUGUUCCCUUCCUAUUUGCAUGCUUACUAGCCAUGGUGGUUGUGUUCUACCUCCACUGAUAGAGACAGUAUGCGUCUUAAUGCCAGUUACUGGAAAACUCAUGUAGGGAGAGUAUUGUUGCACUCAGCUUCUUCUUGUGGGCUUCCCAUAUGUAUCUGGUUGUCCAUUGUGAGAACAGAGUGCUAGACUAGAUGGACCUUUGACCUAACCCAGCAGGUUAUUCCAAUGUCUUAGAUGCCUCAUUAUGCAGUAGAAAGGAAUAUGUGAACAAAUUAAAGGUACCAGAACAAACUGUGCGUGCUCAAAUAAAUAAAUUAUAGAAAUUAUCCCAGUUCAACUGAAAUUCAAAAUGAAUGGAACGAAGGGGAGAACAAUGAGGAAUACAAUGCAGGAAAUCCUCUCAUGUUGACAUUUUGUUAGAAUUUAGAUAAUUGUUUGUUUGCCAGGCUGAAAGAUACGUUUGAGAUGAUAGCCUGAGGCAUGGAUUGGGGGGGGGUGUAGAAUUUGGUGUGAAAACAGUUUUCCUGGCCUCUCUCUCUCCCCCCCUACACUUUCACUUCCCACAGCAAAAAUAUGCAGAUGUUGCAAGCCAAGAUAUAUAAAGAAACCACCGCAUUCUAUUUAUGAACUAAAAGACGGAAAGAAGGCAGAUGUACUCAAUGCUUCUUUUGCGUAAUUCUCUCUGGCAGGGGAAAUCUGGAGCUUCUUUGAAAACAAGUAAUUCUCUUUCUCAACUGCACGUCUAAGUUAUAAAAUGGAAUGGUUUUUUGGUUUUUUUAAAAGCACUGUUAAUGGUUAGGCUAAAAUAUUAAAAGCACAAGUAAAGUCCUGCUGGACCUGACCAAAGGCCCAUCCUUUUCUCCCAGUGGCCAGCCAGGUGUCUAUGGGAAGCCCACAAACAGGACCUAUUAUUUAGGUCUUCUGCAUUUCUUUGAGUUUCAAGUUACAGAAGAAAUUCCUCACUGUGUUUUGAAGUCUCACUGGAUGAUCUACCCCGCAUCAAAAAUUCAGAAGGUGGGGUGUUUACUGAGAAACUGGAAAAUAUUUUAUUCUUUUAAACUGUCAAGAGAAUGGUCUUGUUUUGGGUUUGUUUCUGUUUGGAGGACAAAAUUAUUCCAUAUAUCUGGGAUCAUUGGUAAAACAACAGAUAUAAAGCUGGUAUUCAUUAACAUGUUUGAGAAACUAAUAUUGCACAGGAUUCCAUCAAGGGACAGACUACGGCUAAGAAGGGAAUCUAUUAUUUGCAACUAUCUGGACAUCAAUGAAAAAAGAGGUAUUUUUAAGCAAACUUUCUGCAGUAUUUAUUCCUACGUCUAGUAGGAGCUGUCUAUGCCAACAAAAUCCAUUAAGGUGAAUCCAUCAGGAUAUUCACAGAAGAAGCUUGGUUUAUACUGACCUAAAUUACAGGGCUUUUAUAUAAUAUAUACCUCCAUAAAUUUUAUGGAGUAGUGGUAUUAUCAGUAUUUAUUAGAUUACUACUCUUAUUCAUGUUUCUUCUUUUGAUGCUGCUCCUAGUAACUCAACUAAUAGUAGUAUUACUAGUACUUGUAGUAGUAGUAUCAGCAGAAGCAUUAUCAGUAUGUAUUAGGGGUGGGGAACAUUUUGGCAGGUAUAUAGAGUUUUAGAUCCACCCCCCCCCCAGCCAUGCAUGUAUAGUUAUUGUAAGCGAGGACAUUUGAAUGUUAUUCUUGUCAAAGCAAGAAGAAAAGGCAGCAUAUUGCAAAAAGUAUCAUUGGAUUUCAUAAGACUGUGUUAUGUUGUAAUGGGAUCAUGCACCUUACUCAGUGUAACUAUUAAUGCAGAUUGAAGGGAAAGGUUGCUCACACAUGCCAUACUGUUCACUCACACAUACUUUUUAUUAUCUCAAUAGCAUUUUUCCAAUUGCUGCAUGAGGAACUGCAUGCUUAGCACAGGCCCUUUUAUGAGCUUGGAGAGCUAUAUUGUAUAAGAAUAAUUUCCUCUAAUAUAAGCAGCUAUUCUCUUAUCACAACAGUGCAUGACAAUUUUUAUUUAAAAUGUAUUGCUUCAUAUUUGCCAUGUUAUGAUAGCGCAAACCUGUGUGACCUCUUCACAUCUCUCUCAUUUUUCUCAUAUGAUAUAGCUUCUGGCUCUUGAAGGAACAGUUUUUUGAUAAGAGCAUAUAAAUACGGGCUAAAAAAAUUACCAAUAAUAAAUGUGUGUCUCAGACUGGAAUAUUUAUUGUAUUUACAGUGCUCUUGACCUUUGAAAGUGCAAGAUCUGUUUUUGAACGUUCCACAUGCCACCAUCGGCCUAAGAACAAGCAAUAAAAUAUAGAAAAAAUUAAAUCAUCUCCUCCACCCUGAGAUCUACAGAAUGCUUUAACAAUUCCAGAGACAUGCCCUCUUUUUGGGUAAGAAAAUGCUUCAAGUGAUUCUAUCAAAUUAAGACUGCAAUCCUAACCAGGAAGUCAGUCCAAAUGAAUUCAGAGGUGCUUACUCUCAUGUAAGUGGGCUUAGGAUUGGAGCCUAACACAACAUCCAAAAACUAAUUGAACCAAGUUUUGGGGGUGGGGGUGUCCCUCCACCCAGCUCUCCCAGCCACUAAACUUGUAAGAGUAUGGGGUGACUACUGCCCUGAGAAGCCCAGGUUGGAGAGAAUUUUAAUUGGACCCUAAGUCAUACGCAGAGUACCUCCACUGAUUUCAGUGGGUCUGCUCUGAGUAUUGCAGUGAAAUGUAUCCCUUUGAAGCAUUUUAAACAUGUUGGCACGGCAAAUGCAGCUGUGAAGCACAAUAGUCCUUCCAGGCACCAGAAUGCAUUCCCUUCAGAAUGAAGGUCAGAAAGCCUUUUCAAAAGAAAAUAUUUCUGUUACAUUUUUUCCUACAUUCGCAAGUCAUGGAACACCUUCCAAACUUCUGCAGAGCAGUCUGGAGAUUUCUAUACGAAGAUGAAGACUGUGAAAGACCAGGGAACUCUGUACAAAUUUACCUGGUAGUAAGCUUUAUUGAACCUAAGGAGAUUACUGAAAAUGCCCCGUCAUGUAUCACCAUCCAGAUAGCUUUAGCCACUGGUGUGACAACAAGCAGGGCACCCCCAGCUGGUAAUCAGGUGGGGCAAUACUGGAAAAGACACUUUUCUUCAGGUACAGUGCUUGAGUCACAGGUUGUUCAGUGCUUUGUAUACUGGGCAGAAUAGCUCACAGACAAGACAGUGCAAGAUUGGAGGAUUGGAUUAAUAUCACUUCCCCUCACUACCCCAGAUAAUAACAGGGGAAGUAGCAUUCUAUAUAUUUUGAGAUACUGCUGCUAUAAGAAGUGCUAAUCUUUCUUAAUUGAUUUCCCCCUAUUUGGGCUUCUAUAUUUCCAUGUUUCUCACAAUAAGAUUACAUUUACAAUCUUUAAAAUCCCUUUGUUAUUUUUCUGAGCCAUGCUAUUAGACCAGCACGAGCUAUGAAUUUAUGCUGUGUUACCAGCACAAAUGAUAAUUACUUAUCGAUGUAAAAAUUAACAGUUUCCAAGGAAAUACUUCUGCACCCUUAUUAGUUCACUAAUUGCCUACCUAGUUUAGACUUUGUAUGGCACUUCAUAAUAUAUUCCACCCUCUUUACAACACCCUUCAGCCUAGCUAAGUGCUUGCAAAGCUGUAAAGAGGUCUUGUUAUUUUUAAUGAGGUCAAGGGCAUUUUAAAAAGCACUUUAAUGCUAUGCAGCAGUGUGCAAUAGCUUGGCGUUAUGGUGCAGUAUUUAACUAACAGGUCUAUGAAGGUGGUCUCAGCUAUCAAACCAAUUAAUAAAAUCUGAUAAUAUUGUGAAACAACUCAACAGCAGCCAAAUGUAAACAAAACAGGUAAAUAACACAAAAGAAAAGCAACCUAUAAUGACACUUUAUUUUUGGAGCAGUGAUUUUUAGCACACUUCAUAUGCAGGGCAGCUUAGCAUUUCAGAAAAGUGUUUGAAAUUAGUCAAAUGCUUCAAGCAAUUCAUGAAAGUAUGCAUUAUAAAUUAUAAGUCUCUUUCAUUUUCUUUUCUAGGUUUUUCUAGUACUGGCCUUGAGCAAAUGGCAGCUAUGAAAAUGAGGAAACAAACAGUUCAGCUGGUCCCUUGUUUUUCCUCUGUGCUCUUUGCGUCUGGGCAAUGUCUUCACUCAUGAUUUUGACUACCCUGUCUUUAUGCAGCAGUUGUAUUCAAUGCAGUCCUAUAAGAGUACACCCACGAAAAUUAAUCAACCUAAAUUAGUCAUGCCAGUUAAAUGAAAUGUCUGUUAAAUGCAGUGCAGGGUUUUGGAUUAGAUGGGUCUUGGGGUCCAUUCCAACAUUACAAUUCUUUGAAAGGUGGGCAGGUGGGGAGAUAAGUGGAAACCUCCUGCUUCCUUGUGCAUGGUCCAAUGAAAUAGACCAAUGAAGAGUACCAAAGUUACCAGGAGAAGCUUUACACUGGUCAUUUCUGCCAGCUGUAGGUUGAAGGCUCUUGAUCUCACAUAGAAUCAUAGAGUUGGAAGGGACCCCAGGUCAUCUAGUCCAACCCCCUGCAAUGAAGGAAUCUCAACUAUAACAUCCAUGACAGAUGGCUAUCCAGCCUCUGCUAAAAAAAACUCUUAGAUGUAGGUGAGUCCAUAACUUCACGAGGGAGUCCAUUUCCCUGCCAAACAGCACUUAC